CACGUCAACCUGUAAUGAUCGCUUUUCUUGUUGAAAAAGGGAGAACAUGUCGACGUCGGAACGGUUAGACGAGGGGGCCUCGGAAGAGCACGGACCGUUUGAAGGAAAGGCAGAAGAACCGGAAGCUGACGCCAUACGCUCUAGCCUAUCAGAUGCAGGUGAGUCGUGCAGCACCACGGCGACAGUUACUAAGGAGACGGAGCCCAUGGGUGGCAUGUUUACAACGCGGAAAGAGGUGGGGAAUGGUGAGGAGGAUGGCGAGAAACCCGCCGCCUCUGUGUCGGGCAAAGGCCUAACAGGCCAUGCGGCAAAGACCCUUCCUCCUUCCUCUUCCUCAUCCUCGUCUACCGGCAGGGCAAAGAUGAGUGUUUCAGGGCCUGGCAGCAAACCCUUCCCGCCCCCUUCCUCCUCGCCUCCUCUCAGUUCUGCCCCGCCCCCUAAAAUCCACCGUGCCCGCAAGACCAUGAACAGACCUCCCCCGACUCAGGUGAGGUGUUUGGAAUCACCUAUCGUGCCCGUUCAGCCCACAGAGCCUUUAACCUGCUCUCUGUCGGACAGCGACGCAGCAGCAGCCAAGAGGAGGAAGCUGGCGUCUGAUACGGCACCCACAGCGCCCCCUCCUGAGAAGGCAGAGAACAGCGCCGUGGUGGAGAGAGAGCCUGUCCAAGCAUCCCCAAAGAUGGAAGGGGCGGGACCAGGAGCGGGACCAGGUGCAGGACCAGGUGCGAGACCAGCGGCAGAGCAGCGCUCUGAUUGGGCAGUGGACUGGGAGGCGGAGCCAGAGGAUGUGGAAUUCCGCCUCUUCUAUAACAGUUACGGGACAGAGGACAGAGGAGACUCAGACAGCAAGCAGUCUGGAGACGGAGCAGUGGAGGGGCGUGGUAGCGAGGGAGAAGGCGAGUCGGGGAACAGCUCCGGGGGCGAACAGCAGGCAAGGGGUCAGAAGAAGAAGGGAGGGCGGAGUGAGUCACCAUGGGCACGGCCUGGGCGGAGGAGGCGACGGGUGCAGAGAGGCCAGGAGGCGGGGCCGGAGGCGGAGUCAGAGACGGGGCCGGAGGCAGGGGUGGAGGCAGGGGCUGGGGAAGAGGCUGAGGUGGAGGGAGAGAAGGAGGGAGCUGUGACAGAGACAGCUCCAGCUGAAGGAGGGUCCAGUGAGUACACUGAGGUUCCUCUGGGCUCCCUGGAUAUCGCUGCUGCGGACAGCCUCACUCUCUCACCACACCAAGGGGACAGCGAGGGGGGGGAGACGGAGCGGCUGGAGGAGCUGCCGCUGUGCAGCUGCAGGAUGGAGGCGCCGCGUGUCGACGGGCUAAGUGGGCGGGGCAACCGGCUCUGCAUGGCAACCGAGAGCAUCAACGGAGAGCUGGUGGGCUGUACCAACGUGAUCGUGAAGGGGGAGACGAUGCGGCCCUCCAGCCGUGUCUCGCUCAUGGUGCUGUGUGAGACCCAUCGCUCCCACAUGGUGAAGCACCACUGUUGCCCCGGCUGCGGCUACUUCUGCAUCACGGGUACGUUUCUGGAGUGCUGCCCGGACCUGCGUAUCGCUCACCGUUUCCACCGCGGCUGCGUGUCGGUGCUGGGGGGAGGGCGGGGGCGGGGCAUGGGCGGCCUGCUCUUCUGCCCGCACUGCGGAGAGGAUGCGUCCGAGGCCCAGGAGGUCACCAUCCCCACCGCGUCCGCGGCGACUGUCGUCACGGCGUCCGCCUCCACCACCACUCCAUCCCUCCCCCCGCCCCUGCCCCCACCCCUCCCGUCCUCCCUGUCUGUGGCUGCCUCCGCUGCAGCACCCCCUAGCGGCAAGAGACCUACGGCUCCCAGCAGUGCUCGGAUGCGGGGCCGGGGGGAGUUUCGGCGUGGGGCGGAACAGCCUCAGCAGGCCUCGGGCUCAGGCGGGGGGGCGGACGCGGCCCCCCCGGGGGAGGGCGGAGUGGACAGCGUAGGGCCCUCUCUCUGCCUGCCCAGCGGGAAGCCAGUUUGCCCCAGCGCGCUUCCCCCGGGAGCCAGCAGGGCGGCGCUGCAGAAGGCCAUCCUGACGCAGGACACAGAGAGGAGGAAGAAGCUGAGGUUCCACCCCCGCCAGCUGUACCCGGCCGCCAAGCAGGGAGAGGUGCAGCGCGUCCUGCUGAUGCUCAUGGAGGGCAUCGACCCGGCGUACCAGUCCGACUCGCAGAACCGGCGCUGUGCCCUGCACGCUGCCGCCCAGAGAGGCCUGCUGGAGGUGUGCUACCUGCUCGUACAGGCAGGUGCUAAAGUGGACGCCCAAGACAAGACCUUGAGGACCCCUCUGCUGGAAGCCAUUGUGAACAACCAUGUGGAGGUGGUGAGGUACCUGAUACAGAGCGGGGCCUGCGUCUACCACUCUGAGGAGGACGGCUCCACUGGUCUGCACCACGCUGCCAAACUGGGCAGCUUGGAGAUUGUCACCCUGCUGCUGGGGACGGGACAGGUGGACAUCAAUGCUCAGGACAGCGGGGGCUGGACCCCUAUCAUCUGGGCCGCGGAGCACAGACACAUCGAUGUGAUCAGAGCCCUGCUGAACCGCGGGGCCGACGUCACCCUCAAAGACAAGGAGAUGAACGUGUGUUUGCACUGGGCCUCCUUCGCUGGCAGUGUGGAGAUCGCGGAGCUGGUUCUGAACGCGGGCUGCCCCCUGUCCUCGGUGAACAUGCACGGAGACACGCCCCUGCACAUCGCUGCCAGGGAGGGCUACCUGGAGUGCGUCACGCUGUUCCUGUCUAGGGGAGCGGACAUUGACAUCAUGAAUCGGGAAGGGGACACGCCCCUCUCCCUGGCGCGAUGUGAUUCGCCGGUGUGGGUGGCACUCCAGAUAAACAGGAAGCUGCGCAGGGGGAUAGCCAAUCGGGUUCUGCGCACAGAGAAGAUCAUCUGCAGCGACGUUGCUCAGGGUUAUGAGAAUGUCCCCAUCCCGUGUGUGAACGGAGUGGAUGAGGAAGGAUGCCCUUCAGAUUACAAGUACAUCUCGGAGAACUGCGAGACGUCGGCCAUGAACAUCGACCGCAACAUAACGCACUUACAGCACUGUAGCUGCACUGAUGACUGCUCCUCCAGUAACUGUCUGUGUGGGCAGCUCAGUAUCCGUUGCUGGUAUGACAAGGACCGGCGUUUGCUCCAGGAGUUCAAUAAGAUCGAGCCCCCGCUGAUCUUCGAGUGCAACCUGGCCUGCUCCUGCUACCGCACCUGCAAGAACAGGGUGGUGCAGGCGGGCAUCAAGGUGCGUCUGCAGCUGUACCGCACAGAGAAGAUGGGCUGGGGUGUGCGGGCCCUGCAGGACAUUCCCCAGGGCAGCUUCAUCUGCGAGUAUGUGGGUGAGUUGAUCUCUGAUGCCGAGGCUGAUGUGAGAGAGGAUGACUCCUACCUUUUUGACCUGGACAACAAGGAUGGGGAGGUGUACUGCAUCGACGCGCGUUACUACGGCAACAUCAGCCGCUUCAUCAACCACCUGUGCGACCCGAACAUCAUCCCGGUGCGGGUGUUCAUGCUGCACCAGGACCUGCGCUUCCCCCGAAUCGCCUUCUUCAGCUCCCGGGACAUCCUGAUGGGGCAGGAGCUGGGGUUUGACUAUGGAGACCGCUUCUGGGACAUCAAGAGCAAGUACUUCACCUGCCAGUGCGGCUCUGAGAAGUGCAAACACUCCGCGGAGGCCAUUGCCCUGGAGCAGAGCCGGCUCGCUCGCCUGGAGGCCUGCCCAGAGUCAGCCCCCGACCCUGCCCUGGCCGUGCUAGGAAACUCCUAGGCUUCCUCGGGCCUACUCGGGCCUAGGCCCCGUGUCAUCACAGGCCCUUCUGUAUGUCUCCGAUUUCUUUUCUUCCUGGUCGUUUGCCUCAGCAUUAAAACGCCGGUCAGUCGACCAAAGUCUUGUCUUGUCUGUGAGUCGAGUAUUUUCUUUGCUGCAGGUCGAAAACACGUGACAUGCAGCUUUUAGCUUUCUGCCCCCAAAUGGAUUGAAAGGUAGAACUGUGGCGGUCCCCUUUCCGCAGCCUGUAGGCACUGCACCGUACUGUACAUCACCAAACAGCUGUGUGACCCCUGUGCAGGUCAAUCCCCACACCUCUCUGUAGGCUGCUACACUACAUCCUGUACAGAACAGGCAGUACCAUAGUAACCGCCGAGCAUCCAUUUUCUAAUGCCGAACCAUGAACUCGUGGGGUACAGUACACCGUGCUGCAGGGUUGGCUGUG